CCGCCAGACCAUUAGUCUUCGGAAUCCGGGAGGCGGUUCCGGGUUGUUUUCGCGGGUUUUCUGGACAAACCUACACCGACAUUCGCGCCAACACUCCGGGCUAACAAGUUUAUACCUUCCGCGGUACUUUUGCAUUCAUCUGUCUUUAAUUAGAUCAUUAAUUUUGGCGGGAUGCCCGUCCACUAUCACCUGCAUCACUUGCUGGAGGCGUUCCCGUUGAUUCUGCUGAUCCUGCUGGUGUUGGGAGGCGUGUUGUACUUCGUCUACAGUCGCGAACCAGCGGGCGAAAACAACAACAAGCACGUCUAAACUUCAGGGACUGUUGUAUAUACGUGGUGCUCACUAGGUCUUUUACUGCUACUCGUAGUUAAACUCUAUCAGUAGUGCAGUACACUAGUGCCCUCCCCCUCCAAGCCUAUCCCGGAUUUCCACCCCUGCUUCAAGUGUCGUAACUCACGAGAGCCCUGUAAGAAUGGAAGUCAAGCCCUCUCCUGGACUGGACCUGCGUCACGGAUUUGUGCACAAAAUCAGGAAACAGCUGGUCAAGAGGGACCAAUCAGAGAAGGACUCUGAGGCGGAAAAGAAGAAGAUAGCGAAGAGGCAGCUGGCUGGGAUGAGGAAGACGGCGGUCAAGAGGCCCACACAAUUGACUUACUGUCCCCCUGCCAGGAGAGAGAGAAGUGUCAGCCCCAGUAGUUCAGUCAGUUCUACAUCACUCGAAUCAUCCAGCAGUGGGGAUUCUGGUGUCAUCACAGCCAACAGGGAAAAAACAGCAACAAAUGGGACCACAACUGUAAAGAAGCCACCUACUGAUGAUGAAGAAGAGAUGACUACCCAAAGAUUCUCUUCUACAAGUAACAAACAAGACAAAACGAUGAGCAGUUUUCAGCAGAGGUCAACCUCACCAGAUCACAGUAUCUGUGGUGAUCAGAAUGCCAACAACUAUGACAUUGAUGGCUUUGGGGAGGAAGCUCAGUGGUACAUAAGACAGGCACUUCAAGACCCUACCUCCCUGAGAAAACAGGACCUGUGCCAGGUGUUUAAUGUGCUGAUGUGGAGAGCCAUGGAGGAGCCUGACUGGGCCAGGACAGGGGCAGAGCUGUGCCAUGCCAUCAUCCAGGUUGAAGUAGAGAGGGAACAGUAUGACUGUGUGCCCACUCGAGUGUUCCAGAGCCACCUGCGGCUGAAGCUGUUAGAACAGGAGAUGGAGGCUGAGACGCUCCAUGAACAGUCAGUGUCGGCCUGGGUGGGCUACGUCAGAUUCCUCUGUCUCUGCUAUCAUGUCAUCAGGGUGAAAGGUUCUCCCCUGAUGACCAUGAUAGACUCUGUGUUUAACUGCCUGUCACUGCUGGCCUUUCCGGGGCCACUCAAGAAUGAGAUGCAGGUGGACUGUCUGUACAACCUGCUGGUUCAAAUGGGACCCAGUCUGGACCAGACAGCACCAGACAGGAUGGAUGACCUGUUUGCCAUCCUGCGUGACCGGUUCCUGAGUUUUAAGACGCCGCCGCUAGCCCGGCACAGACUCCUGCAGCUGAUUGAGCUUCGGUCAGGCGGCUGGGAGAUGGAGCCUGGGAUACUAGACUACUACAGCAGGUCUGGCAAGGAGCUGAGAGGAUGAGGACAGUCUUGAAGACUCCUGGAGAGGACACAAGAAAGGAUGUUUCCUCCCAUCCUCUACUGACCCAGCACAUCACAUGAGGAAGAGUUUUGCAAACUUCUUUCGAAACUGUGUCAUGUUCAAACUUAAAGAAGUGUGCAAAUGUUACUAACAUGUAUCUAGCUUUAUCACAUUAUUCCAAUUGCCUAAUUUCACUAUGGCCAGAUUUGUGUAGUAAAGUAACAAAUUUAAAUGGCCAUUUUAUUACAGUAAAGUUAUGAUUCUGUGGAUAACGAUACCAUCUUGCAAUAUCAAACAAUGUUUGAAGGUUUGCUGGAUAAAUAUCUGACAAACAGUGAUCAAUUUAGUGACUGUAUUGUCACAGGCACAGCCACAUAAUACACAUAAUUGUUACUAGCUGGAACUUAGUUGCAAAGGAGCUGUAUCUUCUAUCUAUAUUUCAACUGCAAGUCUGCAACCUUCUGUUCUUCACAUUCCACAAGACAUGACUGUGUGGUACCUAAGAAAGGGUGAUGGCAGGAAAAGUUUAUGAUUGUGUUUGAACUUAUUGAUCUAUGAGCAAAGACAGAAUGGAUCUGUUUUGAAUUGUUUUCUUGCUUAAUAUCAUGCCACAGAAACCUAUGAUGUCAUCUCACUUUUGAGGUGAUGGUUGCUCUUCAAAACCAAGGUGUUCUUGCUAACUUCAAACAUUGUAUACAGACAUUCCUUGACGUAUGAUUUGUUGGAAAAUUUGUGGCUUUUGUAACAUUUAGCACAUUUAGCUUAUUUUAUGUUUAACUGUGUUUGUAGAGUAUCAGAGGCUUGCAUUGUGUGAAUACAUGUUACACAUGUUGGUUUCCUUGUAACUUUCCUUACGCACUUCUAUGCACUGUUUCUUUAUCAAUGUCAUUGUAGUAAAGGAGCUCGCUUCAACUUACAGAAGUUGGAAAAAAGUCUCGUGACAAUCCAUUUGUUGCCAAAGUGUUGAAAAAAAAGGAUGGACUGAUAUGAAAUACAAUGUACAAUGUAUACCUUUUUCCAAUGGCAAAGUAAGAUGAUGUUUAGAAAUGUUGCCAUCAUGA